AUGAACGCUUUCUCGGGACGCGCCGGCAAGACGGCGGCGGGUCUCCGGGCGGCCGAUGGCGUCGUGGCAGUGAGCGACCACCUCCGUCGUGAAGUCGUGAAGCUUGGUGUUGACGAAGCGAAGGUUAACGUUGUGUAUGACGGAGUGGAUACUAGCAUCUUUUCCCCCGGAUCGAAGCAAGAGGCUCGGGAAUCGCUCGGCAUUCCGCCAGAACAGGCGGCGAUUCUGUUUGUCGGCAAUCUCGUUCCGGUGAAGGGUAUCGACCGUCUUCUCUCGGCAGCCGCUGAUCUCGUACAAUCGACUGAGCGACUUCAUGUCCAUCUGGUGGGCGCCGGACCCGAAAAAGCGAGACUGCAAGAGUUAGCGAUAGACUUAGGGGUAAGCGAGAAAGUUACUUUUCAUGGGCCAAGGGAACAUGCAGAGCUGCCGAAUUGGUUCAGGGCGGCCAACGUUGUAUGUCUGCCUAGCCAUUCCGAAGGAGUGCCCAACGUCUUGUUGGAAUCCGCUGCGUGCGGCGCUCCCUUUGUCGCCUUUGACGUCGGGGGAAUUCGGGAAAUUGCCCAUCUUGGACCCUCCACGCUGGCGCCGGCCGACAAGCCGGCGUCCUCCAUGCCCGGGCUGGGGGUUGCCGUGUUUGAGUCAGUCACGGCGCUGGACGCGCCGAAAGUCAGUUACGCAUUCGACCUUGCCAACAAUCACUAUCACCUUUCUUUGCUAUAUGCGGGCCUGACGGGUUUGGCCGCCGAAGGCCGCAUCCGUCUUGAUUGGCGGAUGCAAGGUGGCUGCGAGCUAGACGCCACCGCGACAGGUGGCAUGGUUGCUCGAAUGCUCGUCGUGCAUGGAGAUCAAGAGCAUCGCGUGGCGCUCGAUCUUUUUGACCGUAGCGACACGUUCGACUCGCCAACGCUCCAGUGGUGCGACCGAUACUAUAAACGGAGCUUCUACGAGCCUCACGUUGCGACCAUUGCUGACGAAAACGCGCGGAAGGUUCGUCCCUUCGGGAUGAACUACGCUUGCCGUAACAAGCGAGUCGACCGCCUGCUGGCCCGCUCGGUGAUGAUCCAGGUCACGCAGCGCGGGUUUCGGGCGCCCACUCGAGUAGCUAGGCGACUGUUUGAGCAACGCAAUGUCUUCCGCACCUACGCCUCGCUACCGACGCUAGCGGAGUUUAAGGAAUCGCCCAGCACGCCGCGACAAGAGAGUGUGCUUUUCCAGACACGGGUCUGGGAGCCUUCCGAAGUAGCGCCAGACCACGCCGAAGAGAUCAACGGCAUACGGAGCGAAUCGGUCAGGAGGUUGAGAGCCUACUUCAAGAGUCGCUUUGUGGGUGGGCUUGUGCCCACUCGUUAUGCUGAAGAGCAGUACCCUGACCUGCUAACCAACUUGUCCACGAAGAGGCGAGACUUUGCUAAGCUAGUACGAAGCUGUGGCGUGUUGGCCUACACACGCGGCUUGCACCAUUCGGUGGCAUUCAAGCUGCCGGAAUACUUGCUGUCUUCGGGAGCGAUCGUCACCGACCCGAUCCGCAACGAGUUGUCUCGUCCGCUUCGGGAGGGUGUCAACUACGCAUCGUUCGGGGAUUUAGACGAGUUGAUCGGAGUCGCCGAUCGCCUGUUGAACGAAAAUGCUUCGAAAGCGAUGCGGUCGGCCAACUGUGACUACGCUACUGCCCAUUUAACACCUUGUGCGGCGGUGGCUCCGUUAGUGGAUCACAGAUAG